CAUACGUCAAAGUCCGCCAAAAAUAUUUUCAUCAUCAUUUCGAUCCUCUAGCAAGUUAAACGCAAAUUCAAUUUUUCUUUGCAAAAAUGAGUCUUCGCGAGGAGGAUAGGAGGAAAAGUGGUUGUCCGAGCCGCGGACUUGGUCUUGCGGCCGCUGCGAUCGGCGUAGGCGUCGGGGCUGCUCUGUACUACUUCUUUAGCAAAAGACCCGAGAAUCCAGAUUCGGAAGGAUCUACCAGCCAAGGGUGGUCCUGCGAGCAGCCACAAGCGUUAGACAUAUCCGCAUCAUCUAACAAAUCUGACUACACAACAAUAUCAGAGCACACAACGACUGACACAAGUAUUCACGAUGACGGCACUGGCUUCUUUAUAUGCACCAGUUGCAACCAAUGCAACAGAAACAACGACUCGAUCAUAUCCGUAUCCAGCUCAUCAACAAGUGAUAUGGACAUAUCUGAUGAGUCCUACGAUUCGUUUGAACAUCAUGACGGAGAACUUAGCCCUAGUACAUCAGAUGAAGAAGUUGUAAUAGAAAGUGAAGUGGAUUCAACAUCCGAUCAAUCAACAUUCUACGACUCAUUCUCGGAUACAUCGUCAGAAACUGGAUACAUAACUCUAAGGACAAUGUAUUCUGAAAAUCACAGAUCGUUUGACACAGAGAGGACAUCGGAUUCGGAUAUGGAUAACGAUUGGGAUGUAACGAGUACGUCUGAAGGCAUACCCAGACCCAGUAGUAGUCACAUGCAAAUGAUGCACAGCUUGUUCAAUCAAAUAACAGAUUUAGUCAGUCCGUCACGUCCAAAUGUUAAUUCAAGUGAGGACGAUCAAAUGCGCGUUAUCAGAGAGCAGGCAUUCCGCGAGCGCCCGUGGACGCUGGAGGAAUGCUCGAUCUGCUUCGAGGUGAUGCUGAAGGAUCAGCCGCUGUUGGCGCUGCCGUGCACCCACAACUUCCACGUGGCGUGCAUCGGGCCCUGGCUGCAGGAGCAGCAGACCUGCCCCGUCUGCCGGAAGCGAGCCGAGUGAUACUCAGGGGCAAAGGACAUACUUAGUAUAAUUGUUGUCAAGAGGCUAGGGUUUCGGCGGGAACUGAUACCCUAACUUGGACCACACGUUCAGCUGGUUAUGGAUAUUCUGAAGAAGUUACUACAGUGGAAUUUAAGCCAAAUGUACAUUACACCAUCUUUUAUUUGACUUUGUCGUGGCUGAUUUUGCAAAUGACAAAAUAAUUUGUGUCUUAUUGAAAAUAGCAAAAGGUUCAAAUUCACAUCAGCGACGUUAUUGCAGAUUUGACGCAAACGGCAUUAACUAAUUGGCUGGAUGACUUUCAUUACACCGUCGUAAAACGUUCAGUCAAAUUGUAGAAUCGUAUAUCCUCGCCCUAUAUUGAAAACCACGCAAACCACCAAAAAAUUAUAUUUGUCAUAUAUUUAAUUGCCAUUCCUUUUUCUUACGUCUUCGUCUUAUUACGUAUCUACUUUUGUUAUUUUUUUAAAGUUCCCUUCCCCCUGCUAUCUAGCCGUCCGUCGGCCCCCCCACCCCAAUUUUUAUUUUUUAUCUUUUUUUUUAAUUCCCGCAGUCUGUGUUUAUGCUACAGAUGUCGACAGCUUAACAAAUUGUAACAUUUCAUUUGCAAUCAACCAUCAUCGUAGUUAAUAUCAACCACCUUUUUUUAAAUUUAUUUCUUCAGAUAUCUGUCAACCUAAGACUAUGAACAAAACCUCUGUAAUAUCAUAAUAAUUUUUGUGUUAAUAGUAAAGUAUAUAUUAAUUAAUGAUAAUAAAAUUAAAUAAUGUUUGAUCUUUAUUAAUACUACUUCUUCAUCCGAAAACUGAUUUUUCUGAGUAUUUUGUAGUUAUUUUAUAGUGUUAAUAGUUAAAAAAGCUUAUUAGUAUUUUUUUUUGUUUUUGGGUGAAGAAGUUUCGUUCACAUUUGACCGGAGAUAAAAGAAAAAAGUUAAAUGACAUGUGUAAUGAUGUAACUUAUAAAAAAAACUUAAAAAAUUGGUAAUUCACGAGCAAAACUAAUUUAAUUUAUUUUAAUUGUAUUUGUAUAAUUUAGUUUUCUAUCGGUUACGUUGUCUUACACUGAAAAUGUUGUGUGCACCUAUAAUUGGCUUA